AUGUGGUCGCCGCCGCCGUCCUCCUCUCUCGACGCAGAGCAGCUGUUCCCUCGACGUCCAAGACGCGCCAUCCAUAGCCCAAUAGAUCCACCUCUACGACGCAGUAGCGCCACAAGUCUCUUGGAGCAGCGUCGGCGCGAUCUGCCGCCGUUUACGAGUUCUACCGAUGACAGCUGCGCACUUAACACAUUGCCCACCGGGUCGACAUCGUUAAGUGCGUCUGCUGUCGCUGGUCCAGCUAUAACUAAUGCAAACGAGUUUUGUAGCUCGCCACAGGGAGAAAAACAGGAGAUUUCGAUGGAACAUACGCGUGACACUGUACCUGACAAUUAUGGAGUCAUCGGGUCAAUGACUCGGGACAAGACUAGAGCGCGAAUGUUCUUCAGCCGACCAGAGAGAGAAGAAGAAGAACGAGAAGAGGAGGCCCUGCCGUCGUACUUGAGCUAUCUGCAGGCGCCGAUAAUGGCAGGAGAGUCUGCGGCAGCAGUGCCAACUCCAGUAUUACCUGACCUUUUUGCGGCCCAGGGACAGACACAUGCUGAUCAGAUACAAAGCACAAGUCAAGAGCUGGCAAGAGCAUUGCAGGAGUUUGUACUGGUGCAAAUGCAGCAACGACAAGGAGAUGGUGCGACGUCGUUGACGAGCUCAAGACCGCGUUGCAAUUGCGCGUGGCGCGUUACAGAGCUCGAGAAGCAAGUGGAGUCUUUAUUGAGUGCUCAGAAAGAGAAGACAAGAUCUCGUGCAAUGGACGAAACGGGAAAUACAAUGGGGGACCGAUUGUCGACGCUUGAAGGAAGGCAAAGUGCGUUCCAGUCGCAACUAGCGCAGAUUGCUAAAGUGCUCGGUGUGCCGGUUGGCAAACACGGUAAAAACAGCCAGCUGAAGACAUUGGUACAGACGCUGCACGAAGAGAUCGAUGCGAAGGUCCGGACAGCCGUUGCUGGUGCGGAAGCUGCGCUCACUGUCAGCAGCAAGUCAGUGGGCGAUGAGGUAUUGCUUGCUGUAGCUCCUGCUGCAAACGUGGAGUCGUUCACGCCAACCGUUCUUGACAAAGAGGAAGAAAGAGAGCCUGUUGGCGCCUGUAACUCUAUCCCACAGUCGGGGCUCCCGUUUUCAACUGUAUUAAAUGCGCUCGCGGUGGAGCACGAGGCUUCGUUGACAAGAUUGAACACGCAUUUUGACGAAUGCUUGCGUCUUGAAGGUUUGGAGCGGGUUGCUCUGGAGAGUCGCGUACAAGCACGUUUUGGAAAAGUUGAGGAAUGGUUGCAGCAAGUCGAAGGGGAGUUGGGUGGCUCACGUUUUGGAUCCACUUCAUCGUGUUCGAUCGCUGCUACGACCAACGAGAUGACCAGACUUCAGGCCCAUCUAACGCAGCUGGAAACAUCCUGUAACAAGCAGCAGCUAGAAGUGAUGGAACUGUCUGCUGAAUUGAAAAAGCUCGUUCACCUCAACGAGCUUGGAGCCCAGCUGGAUCAGCAGAAAGAUGACGUGAAGGUGUUGCGUGAAGACAUACAGACCGUUGCUUCUACAACGCAAAAAGAGACGCAAGCGGUAGCUCGCACGGCUCUCGGUCUCAAGCUGAUUGUGGAAAAGCUAGUGCGUGACACAGGUUCCGCUGAAGAGCUGCUACAGCAGUAUGUGAGUACCAUCACACACCAAGUAGCAAGCGUGACACGGCAAUACGUAUCUGUCCGGAUCCGAGACAACAACCGACUGAUUGAUGCCACGCUGCGCGCCCGGGUACCUGAUUACGUUUUGAACGAGAGCGAAAGCUUUUUGCUAGUGUACCCUGAGUCAAAGAAGAAACGAGCCGGUUGCAACUUGGACUGUGGGACGACUCAGGAGCCCGAAAGGAAUGUUGGUCUCAGCUUUGGGCUGCGUGAGGAUAUCAGCGAUAGGAUUUAG